AUGCAGAUGACACGCCGGGGGGCGAACUUAGUCGAGAGCAAUCGUCCCCUUGUCGGUAGGGGUAUAAUCUUCCUCCUCGGGGUGCACCAAAAUGCCGAGAGACUCCUCGGUCUCGUGAAAGUCAAGCCCCUCAUGGAUAUGCCUAAUCACGAUGCUCCCGAAAAGAAAACUUACUUGUCAACCGCUAGCACCUCCAACCCGGGGAUGCAGUCGAUCCCCGCGAUGAUCAACCAGCUCCCAAAGAAACUCCAGCUGAAGCCGACCAACACCUCGACGAUCUGCACCCACAACUGCCUCACGUUCCCAUCAAACACCACCCCCCCGGGAACAUCCAGCCCGCCAUACGCCGCCACCUCCCUCCGCGCAAACAAGCCCGUCAUGACGGUGGCCGCCACGCCACCAACACAAUGA